AUGGGCGUCGCCUCCGCCACGGCAGUUGCCAUGCAAAUGAAGUCAACCUUCCCAGCCAUUCGGUUUGGAAUGAUGGUAGGGAUCGGAGGCGGCGUUCCGGACAAACAAGCAGACAUCCGGCUCGGAGACGUUGUUGUUAGCCAACCGGGGAAUGGCCAUGGCGGGGUGAUCCAGUACGAUUUUGGAAAGUCGACGCCCAGCGGAUUCGAGCGGACGGGAUUUCUUAACUCCCCACCCCUGAUUCUCCUCGGUGCGGUCACGAAGCUGCGAUCCAACCAACGCCGAGGGAGAAGUAAUCUAUCGCCACAUCUGUUGAAGCUUAGCAACCUCCCGGACUUUGCCCGCGACAAAGCAGGAAGCGAUGUGCUAUUCGAAGCGGAGUAUAAUCACGUCGGAGAGGACAGCUGCGCAUCAUGCGCAGCGACACGACGAAUACAGAGGGAGGAGCGGGCAAACAGCACGCCUCUGGUUCACUACGGCACGAUCGCAUCAGGAAACCAGAUCAGCUCGGAAUUUAGAGGGGUGCUGUGCUUCGAGAUGGAGGCGGCAGGCUUGAUGAACAACUUCCCUUGCCUAGUGAUCCGCGGCAUCUGCGACUACGCCGACUCGCAUAAGAACAAGAAAUGGCAACCAUACGCGGCUGGAACCGCGGCGGCGUACGCGAAGGAGCUGCUGUCGGUCAUACCUGUAGCAGACGUAGCGAAGAUGGCGACGGUCGAUGAAGCAACGAGAGAGCAUCUUCCUUUCCCGCGAAAUCGACAGUUCGUUGGUCGAGACACCGAGCUCGAUGUGUUAAAGAAAAAGCUCCUUAUAGACAAGGAAUGCCAGAAAAUGGCUCUUGUCGGCCUCGGUGGCGUCGGCAAGACGCAGACCGCGCUCGAGUUCGCGUACUGGGUUAGAGGAAGCUAUCCAGACUUCUCUAUCUUCUGGUUACCAGCGCUGAGUAUGGAGACGUUUGAGCAGGCGUGCACGGAGAUAGCAAGAAAAUUAAAGAUGCAUCAGUCGGAAGACGGUAAAGAGGAUGUCCGGAAGCUUGUACAGCAAGGGCUGAGCGAGAAGACCAAAAACAAGUGGUUACUGAUUAUCGACAAUGCCGACGAUAUGGACCUCCUUCGCGGCGUCGAGCAAGGGGAAGGUUUAUUAGACUUUUUACCAGAGAGCGACAACGGCCUAACUUUGUUCACGACCCGGCAUAAUGAAGUUGCCCAGUUUGUUGCGGGGGGCGAUGUGAUUGAAGUCGAAAAGAUGAAGACACAAGAGGCGAUAAACUUACUGAAGAAGUCGUUAAUCCUAAAGCACCUACCUAGCGACGAUACGCUUAUAACGAACCUCCUCGUUGAACUGGACUAUCUUCCCUUAGCCAUCACUCAAGCGGCGGCAUACAUCAACACGAACAAAAGCUCUAUCUCUGAGUAUCUUCAGUUGCUCAAGAAUUCAGAGCAGGACGCCCUCGCGAUCAUGAGCAUUGAAUUUGCCGACAAUACACGAUACAAAGAGUCGGUGAACGCGGUGGCAAAGACUUGGAUAGUCAGUUUCAACCAGAUUCUUAAGCACGACACGAUAGCAGCAGACCUUCUCGACUUUAUCUCUUGCAUUGAGUGGAAGGCGAUUCCAUAUACAAUCCUACCUACUAUUCAGCCCAAAGUACGGAUGGCGACUGCUAUCGGCAUGCUUUGUUCGUACUCGCUUCUGGAGAGAUGGGACGACGGCAAGAUGCUUGACAUGCACAGGCUUGUCCAUUUGUCAACGAGAAUAUGGAUUCGUCAGAACGGGCGUGAAAUAGAGACGAGUAGGGCGGCACUACAACACCUCUCGGAAGUGUUUCCGUCUCACGAUUACACGAAUCGUGAGAUCUGGCGACAAUAUCUGCCGCAUGUGGCACGUAUAGACCAAAACCAGCACUGCCAAGAUACCGAGGCGAAGAGCGAGCUCUGUCUAAAAGUGGGACUGUGCUUAUACGUUGAUGGGAGGAUGAAAGAAGCUGUUAUCUGGCUGCGGGAAUCUCGCGAGUGGGGGGAUAGAAAUCUGGCUGCAGAUGACGCAGAUCGGCUGGCGUCGCAGCAUAACCUCGCCCGAGCAUAUCAAGCAAACGGACAGGUCAAGGAGGCGAUGCAUAAUCCUUUUAUGCUUGCCUGGAUUGUUAUCGUCUCGAUGGGAAGUGUCUACCUGCGUGGCGAACUGCGCAAACUUGCACGCUAUAGCGAUUACAUCAUUGAAAAGAUUUCUAGCAUCGUUAUAGGACUCUAA